AUGGAUGUCCCCGAGCCAGACCAGUCGCCCUUCACCGCCGUCACGGCGCAUACCUCCAAAUUGACCCGGCAAUACCAAGCCUACCUCGAUGCUUCGACUCCUUACACUACGUAUCGUUGGGUCGGAUCCGGUGUUCUGCUCAUCAUUUUCUUCCUGCGCAUCGUCUUCGCGCAAGGAUGGUACAUUGUCGCUUACACUCUCGGCAUCUACCUCCUGAACCUCUUCCUCGCCUUCUUGACCCCCAAAUUCGACCCCUCCCUCACCCAGGAUGAGGGCCUGGAGGACGGCGACGCCGGCUCACCCAGCCUCCCUACCAAGCGGGACGAGGAGUUCCGCCCGUUCAUCCGCCGCCUGCCCGAGUUCAAGUUCUGGCACUCGGCUACUCGCGCUAUCGCUAUUGGCUUUGUGUGCAGUUGGUUCUCCAUCUUCGAUAUCCCGGUCUUCUGGCCCGUCCUGGUCAUGUACUGGAUCAUCCUGUUUGUUCUGACUAUGCGCCGACAAAUCCAGCACAUGAUCAAGUACCGCUACGUGCCCUUCUCCUUCGGCAAGACCCGGUACGGUCGGUCCUAA